CCCCCCCCUUAUCGGCCAGCACCAUGUCCGCCCCCCCUAAACCUGAGUUCGAUGCCUCUGCGACGACAACUUCGCUGGCCGCGUCCGUCGGCCUGGCCAAGUCGCUCGUAUCCUCCUGGUUCUCGGAUGUCGACCAGGCCAAGCCCACUUCGGCGUCCGAUGGCAAGGGCGCCUCGGCUGGCUCGAAACCCACCAAGCAGACCCGCUCUGGUAUCGGCGCCACUACCAGCGCCACCCUGCAGAAGGCUGUGGCCGAUUACGCUUCCAAUGCCUCACAGCGCCGCCUGGCUCGAGACCUGGCCCUGAUUGACAAGGCCCAUGUACAGGGGCCUGGCACCGAGGAUGGCGAGGAUGUCGGCGUGUCGGCACCGUCCAAGCGCCGGCGCCCGGCUGACGAUGAUGACGGCGACCAGAGCGAUGACUUCGACGAGGAAGACAGCCGCUCGCGUGUGGUGGCCAAGAUGCGGAUAGCUGCCGAGGCGCAGCUCCAGCAGAAGCAGCUUGGCGAGGCACCCGGCUCCAAGCAGAAGAUCCUGCCCGAUGGCACGGUUCUGUCGGUGGCCAAGCGCCGGCGUCUCCGGAAGAAGGCUGCCAAGGAGGGCCGCGCCUCCACCGAUGGCGGGGCCGCCCCCAGCGAGGUGGCUCCUGUGCCGACCGCCUCCACUGAGAAGCCUGUCGCCGAGGAGGAGCCCACCGCCACGCAGCCCGCCGCCACGCAGCCCGCUCCCGUGGCUGCCAAUGAUGCCACCGCGGAGAACACCGAUCCGUGGGCCACGAACUGGAGCGAUGCCUCCGGCGCUGAGAGCGACUCUGACGAGGAGUCCUCCCCGGCUGCUCCCACUGGCAACAGCCGCAUCCGCGUUCAGCCUCUGGAUCUAUCGCGCACACGUCUUCCGCGUGAGCUUCGCCCGAACCUCCACGCUGGCGAUGAUCGCCCGGAGAAGGAUAAGAACGCCAAGCCAGCCAAGUCUAAGCGGCGCAGCCGGCAGAAGAACCUCAAGAAGGAUACCCGGCCCGAUCAUCAGAAGCCCACCUAUCUUACCCCGGGAGCGGCUGACUACCGGCCCAUCCUUGGCCCGAAGAAGCGCGCUGACAAGGCGUCCGGGCCCAAGGACAAGAAGGACAACCUCAAGGUCUUCGACUGAGGAUGGCAUCUUGCUGCUGUUGCUGCUGCAUUGGCCUUCCGACUCUGCCAUAUCCCAUUUCCCUGUGCCAUAAAGAAAUAGACACAAGACCACGUUGCCUAGGCGUGUGCACAUUCGUA